AUGUUGGCAGAUAUAAAAUUCUUCGCCGCAAAGGCUUUCUCUUGGAUUAUCAGGGCACUACUGAAGGGGUUUAGGUGGUCACUCACACGGACUGAAACAAGCUUGUGCCUCUGCUUGUUUCUCCUGCUCCGGCUCAGUACUGUUCCACCUUACACCCACUGCACCUGCCCUUCCUCCUCCACGGGUGCCGUGUGUGAUGGUGCGUCCCCUCCUCUUGGUAUUGGAGACAUGCCUGUACAGGAGAUGGCGGUGAGUCCUGUAAAGUCCCUAUACUGGGAGCGGUUCCCCCCCAUGUCGCAGCGCCGUGUCUACUGCACUCCAGUCUACCACGAAGGCCUGCUUUACGUGAUGGGGGGCUGCAGCGAAACCGGCAUGCCUCUGGACAGCGUGGAGGUUCUGGAUGUAGAGAGUCAGACGUGGAGCCAGCUGCCGCCGCUGCCUACUGCGAGGGCAGGAACCUCAGCUGUGGCUCUCGGGGGCCAGGUGAUGGUGCUCGGGGGUAUGAAUCAGCAGCAGACUCCGCUGGCUUCUGUGGAAAUUUACCAUCCUGAUGAGGGCAAAUGGGAGGCAAAGGCCAGCCUGGGUCAGCCAUGCAUGGGAGUCACAGCUGUGGAGAAAGAUGGAAAGGUGUACGUGUUUGGAGGUAUGGGGGCCGACACGACGCCUCAGGCCCUGGUGAGGGUCUAUGAUGCAGAGAAGGACCAAUGGCUGCCUCUGACUUCAAUGCCAACGCCACGGUACGGAGCCACACCCUUCGUAAGAGGAAACAAAAUCUUCUUGAUGGGUGGUCGACAGGGAAAGCUGCCAGUGACGGCGCUGGAGGCUUUUGACCUGGAGACGAAGAGCUGGACACGUUACCCGUGCAUCCCGAGCCGGAGGGCUUUCUCCUGCUGUGCCACAAAUGAGCGAAGCCUCUUCAGCCUGGGGGGCCUCCAGCAGCCAGGACCACAUAACUUUUACUCCAGACCUCACUUUGUCAGCACCAUGGAGGAGUAUGAUCUGGAUCAAGGUAUUUGGAUCAAACCCAGUCGGACGUCCAGAAUGAGGGAGAAAAGAGCUGACUUUGUGGCAGGAUGCCUGGGAGGAAGAAUAAUCACCGCUGGUGGACUAGGAAAUGAACCGGCACCCCUGGGCUCGGUGGAGAGCUACAACCCGGUGAAGCGGCGCUGGGAGUAUGUGGCACCCAUGCCCACCGGGCGCUGCUCCUCUUCCAUUUCGCAGACAAACAGCAUGCUCUUUGUGAUCGGUGGAGUUGCCCAGGGACCCAGUAACGCUGUGGAAGCCCUGUGUUUACCUGAAACAGUGUGACACACGUACCCACAGACUCACACUGAAAUAAAUGCUAAACAGCGGUGAUGUUUUAUUCAUGUAUGUGCAAAAAACACAGACAGAAUCACAUGAAUCGCAUCCACAGCUGGCACUUAGAUACUUUUCUACCUUUUAUGUCCGACUGAAGGACUCCUCUCUUGCACUGGGAUGUAAGAAACGCUUUUUCACAUUCAACAAGCAUUUUACAGAUGGGGGCUGCAGAGACGCUUUGUGACAAAGAUGGACGAAUUCAGGAUGAAGGACUUUCAAGCCGACUGUUGCAACUGGCAAGGACAAAAUCUGACAGCUUUUCUACACUUGGGAAAACAUAGGAUGACAAAAUAAUGAGCAAAAAACAGACGCAUUCACACACAGUGUCUGAUGAAACAACACGCCUUUGAACUGUUGAGUAUUUUUCAGAAUAAAAGCAGGGUACUUUUCUGGAUAAUAAAGGAACAUAGGGCCAUAUCUGUAUCUCACACGCAGCCUACUGCGACAGAAAGCCUGGACACUUUUCUAUGACCUUACAAACAACUCUUAGUUUGGAUUUAGUCAGUGACACUUUGGGAACGUGAAUGUCUGAGUUCUUUUUGUUGCAGUGUUGUAUACGUAACAGUUAGCACUGCUAGCAACAGCUACCACAACAGCGACAUAUUCAUGCAUUAACACCGCAAGCAACUGAAGCCACUUCUUGUCAGAAACAACCACUGAACGUUUCCUUUUUUUGUAGUCAGAGAAAGUUGGUUGAACUUCCCGUGCUGUACAUUUAUCUACCUGUUCUGCGACAUUAGCACCACAGCAAUCAAUCACCUAACAGUCCCUCACACUGCAGCACCGUGAUGCAGCCGCUCGUGGAGUGAAUGCAGACUAGCUCAGACCUACUGCAAUGAAGCUUCCAGACAGACAAAUGAUAAUCUUGACAUCUCAGUCCU